GGCGAGCUUCUGUUGCGGUUCAGGCGAGGGACGAGAGGAGGGCCGACCCCACAGCACCGGCCGCUUGGUCGACUUCAGAAGUUAACAAUUCGUUCCCGUGUCUCUGGGUCCCCGACAUUUCUGUUCCCGUAAACAACAACAGUAAUCAUGGCAGAAGCCCACCAGGCGGUGGCCUUCCAGUUUACAGUCACCCCAGAGGGCAUUGAUCUGCAGCUGUCCCACCAGGCCCUCACUGAGAUCUACCUCUCUGGUGUGCGCUCCUGGAAGAAGCGUAUCAUCAGACUCAAGAACAGUGUGAUAACAGGGGUAUAUCCUGCCAGCCCUUCCUCCUGGCUUUUUGUGGUCAUAGCAAUCCUGGCUACUAUGUACACUCGCUCUGACCCCUCCAUGGGCCUCAUAGCCAAGAUACAGGAGCACCUACCUGUCAGCCAGUCAAUGAGUACCCAGUGUCAGGCAGUGGUGUCAGCAGUGCUCUUCAGCACCAUGCUAUGGCUCUUGCUCAUCUUCACCAUGCGCCUGUGCCUCAAGCAGCUCCUCUCCUACCACCGCUGGAUGUUCGAGCAACACGGCAAGAUGUCCAACACCACCAAAGUCUGGGUGGCCUUGGUGCGGAUCUUUUCUGGCAGAAAGCCUCUACUCUACAGCUACCAGGGUUCGUUGCCAAACCUGCCUGUGCCCACCAUUAAGGACACAGUCAAGAGGUACUUGGAAUCCGUGCGUCCCCUGAUGGAUGAUAUGCAGUAUGAACGUAUGACAAAGCUGGCCGCAGAGUUCGAGAGCAGCCUCGGUAACCGCCUGCAGUGGUACCUCAAACUCAAAGCUCUCUGGGCAUCCAACUACGUUAGUGACUGGUGGGAGGAAUACAUCUACCUACGGGGACGAAGCCCAAUCAUGGUCAACAGUAACUACUAUGGCAUGGACUUCUUGUACGUGACACCCACGCCCAUCCAGGCGGCCAGGGCAGGCAACAGCAUUCACGCAUUCUUCCUGUACCGUCGCAAACUAAACAAAGAGGAGAUUAAACCUAGUCGUAUACCAGGCACUGUCAUUCCUCUGUGUGCAGCUCAGUGUGAGAGGAUAUUCAACACCACACGCACUCCUGGAGAGGAGACCGAUACUGUACAACAUUGGCAGGACAGUGACUACAUAGUGGUAUACCACAGGGGUCGCUACUUUCGUCUGAGGGUGUACCAGGCAGGCAGACUCCUUUCCCCUAGGGAGAUUGAAUUCCAGAUUCAGAGGAUUCUUGACGACCCUUCACCUCCAUCCAAAGGAGAGGCCAAACUCGGUGCCCUGACUGCUGGAGACAGAAUUCCUUGGGCAAAAGCCAGGAUGAAGUAUUUCAGCAGUGGGGUCAAUAAACGCUCUCUGGACUGCAUUGAGAGAGCUGCCUUCUUUGUGACCCUGGAUGAUGAUGAACAGGGCAUGUUGGGAGAUGACCCUGUGGCCAGUUUAGAUUGCUAUGCCAAGUCCUUGUUGCAUGGGAAAUGUUAUGACAGGUGGUUUGACAAGUCCUUCUCAGUUGUUUACUACAAGAAUGGAAAGAAUGGCAUAAAUGGAGAGCACUCGUGGGCUGACGCACCAGUGUUAGCACACUUAUGGGAGUACACCCUGGCCAUCGACAGUUUCCAGCUGGGUUACAAUACAGAGGGUCACUGCAAAGGAGACGUGGAUUCAUCACUACCACAACCACAGAAGCUGAACUGGGAAAUCCCUCCAGAAUGUGAGGAGCAGAUCUCCCAGUCCUUGGCAGUGGCCCAGGCCCUGGCUGAUGAUGUGGACUUCCACGUUUUCUCCUUCCAAGACUUUGGCAAAGGAAAGGUCAAGAAGUGUCGAGUCAGCCCAGAUGCCUUCAUUCAAAUGGCUCUUCAGCUGGCCUACUACAGGGACCGGGGCACAUUCUGUCUGACGUACGAAGCUUCCAUGACACGUUUGUUCAGGGAGGGCCGGACCGAGACUGUUCGCUCCUGUACCAGUGAGAGUAGUGCCUUCGUCCAAGCUCUGGAGGGUGGAGAGGCAGCAGAUGUGUGCAGGCGUUUGUUCCGUGCAGCGUCAGAAAAGCACCAGAAUCUAUACCGCAUGGCCAUGACUGGAGCUGGCAUCGACAGACACCUCUUUUGCCUCUACGUGGUUUCCAAAUACCUCGGAGUGGAGUCUCCUUUCUUGAAAGAGGUGUUGUCUGAGCCCUGGCGGCUGUCCACCAGUCAGACUCCAGUCCAGCAGGUGGAGCUUUUUGACAUGGUCAAUCACCCAGAGUACAUCUCCUGUGGUGGCGGCUUUGGUCCGGUGGCUGAUGAUGGUUAUGGGGUGUCCUACUACAUUCUGGGAGACAGCAUGAUAAACUUCCACAUCUCGUGCAAGCACUCAUGUCCAGACACUGAUGCCCAUAAGUUUGGUACACAGAUCAGAAAAGCCCUGCACGACCUGAUAAAGCUGCUGAGCCCCAACCAAAGAGAGCCCCACAAAACAGAAGAGAAUCGGCCUGAGGUCAAGAAAGACCUGUAGAUGGUUACUCAGGGGAAAAGGGGUGCUGAAGGGAAAGUGUGCAAGCAAAAAUGUUACAUUAUUAAGUGAGGACAGACAGGUUAUUUUUCCUUCUGCACUGGGAGAAUUUUAUAGGCAGGGAGAUGAUAUUCAAGAGACAGCUCCAUGGGGAAACUGGUAUUAUGAAGGUGAUGUUUUUACUGAUGUGCAUCUGUAUUUGUGUGUUUGUAUUAGCUGUGUGAUUGGUGUGUGAAGAGAGAGAAAAAGUCAUUAGAAAUUAAGAGGUGGGAUUCAAAUACGGUACAGUUACUGGUUUAGUUUGUUUUAACAGUAAACCGUUGGAAAAAAAACAUCAUAAACACAAAAUGAAAAGGUUAUAUAUUGUGACAUGGUUAGUUUAUUAUCAAAAGGCCAGUGUGAAUUGCACCACUCAAAGUUAGGGUAGAAAUCCCUAACAUCACCUUACUGCAGGGAGGAAUAUAAUAUAAAUUCAAGUGAAGUAUGUUUUGACGGGAUUAGGUAGGCCGCACUUUUUGUUCCACUAAUUGUCUGUUGUUGGAUUUGUUUGGAAAAUGCAAUUGUAAGUAAAUCUUGAGUCUUGGAAAAUUAGCAUGGAGAGCCAACGUGGAGGACUGUUGAGGUGACUUCAGUUUCUACUAUCUGAAUGCAACAUGGUCGCAACAGUGAGAACAGGUAUUUUAAAAUGUCGGAGGUCUGUGACUUCUCAGUGUUUACUCAUUAUGUAUAAAUCUGCUUUUUACAUACAUGAUUGUGAUGCUCUGCUGAGAGUUCCAGGCUGUUCAUACAUGUAGUGAUAUGACUUGGCUCUGUUAAAUUAAUGGGUUGGCAUUACUGUUUGAUUAGUAUUAUAUUCAGUGGUAACUCACCCAGGAAAUCACUUUUAUUUUUUGAAGCAAAUUCACAUUGUACAUAUAGAUGAUGUUGGUCAUUUUUUCUUUCAGUGGUUGUAGGCAUUUCAAACUUGAAGAGUUAAGAAGUGUACUGUAAUGAACUCCAGUUAUUUCUCUGCCAUCUAUAAAUCUGUUUUGUAUAUUUUAUUUUUCCUCACUGUGUUAUUACACAAGCACCAUAAAAAUGCAAACUAUAUUUAUGUGCAUGACGUGUCACUCAGUCUCCAGCAGUGCUGCAGGUCAGAUGUGGGUUACACGUUAAGUGACAUUUUGUGGUCAAGCCAUGUAAUUUGAAGGAUGGUACAUUGCCAGUGACGCAGAUUCCUGUUGUUCUCCAUUGAUUUACUGCCUUUUUUUGUUUUCAGUACAGAUCAGUUGGGGUUGUUUAAUUAUAUUGCUAUUGUCAGCCUUUUUAAUGCGAUAUUACAAGGGAACAUAAAAUCAUUCUUACAGAAAAAAGGCCUAAAGUGUGUUUCUUUUUCUUGCCUUAAAGGACUACCCCACUGAUUUAGCAUUGCACUCCUAUAAGAUUGUCAGACUCACAAUGGACAGUCAAAAAUCAGCAGAUUGCAGCAGAACCAGAAAUAUCUCCUCUCGUUAUUCCCCACGAACUAUGUCAAAACCUGGCGCCUACAAUACUGCAUUAACCGUAAGUGUGCUGUGUCCUUUUUCUGCAGGUCAAAGCACCCCUGUUAUUAAUAAAUUAU